UUUACUCCACAGAACAUGGCGCAUAUUCAUGGGCGGAUCCAACGCCCGGCCUGCCUGGGCACUUGGCCAGGCUCCAUGGCUAAAAAAAAAUUAGUUGGGCCGCAUGGGCCUUUUUUUUGGUUUGAGGUUUAACCAGCCUGGGCAAAAAAACUGGUUCUCUAUUUCUCCUUCUGUCUCGUCGUUCUCUUUCUCUCCCUCUAACCCUCGUUCUCUUUUUCAAACCCAGGGCAGAGGCGCUACUUCACCGUCACCACCGUCCACCGCCGUUGACACUCUUCGCAUUCUCACAAGCGGAAGAUCAAGGAACAAGCGAUGAUCGGGAGAGGGAGGCUGAUAAGAGAAUUCGAGUUUCCAAGGAUAUGAAGAGGGAAAAGAGGAGGUUUGGAGAUAAAGCGAAGAAGGAUGAAGAAAGUAACAACGAAAAUGAAGAACAAGCAAUUCAUGGCUUCGCCAAAGACACUGCUUCAGUACAAAACGGCAUUGCUGCAUUGGGAUCACUCUCUAUUGAUGCCAUAGCAAAGGCUAAGCAGGUUUUACAAAUUCGUGAGAAGCUGAAGAAUAUUCCACAUUUGAAUAAAACUUCUACCCCAUAUUCUCAAGGAAUCACUCCUUUGGGUUCAAAGAAUAAAUCAUCUGCACCCUCUCUCUGUGUUGAAAAGUCAUCAAGUCUUGAAAUCCAAAGGAGCAGAGUAAAUUCAGAAUAAAUUUGUAGAAGCUCAAGAAAAGGAGUAGAAAGGCAAACAAGUGUAGUUUCCUGAUAUAAAUCCAAACUUAAUAGAAAUAACAGAGAGGGUUGUGAUUAAAUAAAAACUCAAGGAUCCAAUUUUAGAAACCGAGUGGUGGUAA